GCCCUAUGUUAAGCUAAUUGUCAGCUUUCUAUAGUACUAACUAAGAUCAGCUGGUUCUGAAGCCAAGAUCAUCUUAAUUUACCGAUAGACAAGUAACUUAAAAAGAAUCAAUUUGAAAAAAGCAAUGGCACCCACUUCAAACAUCAUUGGAUACUGGGGAAAACAAACGGCUACUAUUGAUUGGUGCGAGAGAAAUUAUGAAGUGAGCUUCUAUGUCGCAGAAUGGUGGAACACAAUAAGCAACCUUAUGAUUAUACUCCCACCAUUAUGGGGCAUUGUUGAAGUCUUCAACCAAGGAUUUGAGAAGAGAUUUAUCAUAUGCAACUUUUUGGUGUUUAUUGUAGGAGUGGGGUCCUGGUGCUUCCACAUGACUUUACUGUAUGAAAUGCAGUUGUUUGAUGAACUGCCAAUGAUCUAUGGGUCCCUGUUCCUGUUAUAUUGUGUGUAUGAGGCACCCAAACCCUACAAUAAACAUUUCUUUUCCAACAUUCCCUUGUUCACGUUCCUGUUUGGUUUUGCCAUACUGUUUACGGUAAUGUACUUAUGGUGGCCUCAGCCUUUGUUCCAACACGCCUCCUAUGGAGUAAUAAUUCUCUGGUCCUGGAUUAAAGAAACUCAGAUCGUUCGACAAAAAAAGUGCAAAACAUGCAAGAGAAUACUGAUCAUGUCAGUGGCGAUGUUUUGUUUUGCCUUCUUCAUAUGGAAUAUUGACAAAGCUCUAUGUUCUACAUUGGAUAACUUCCGAGGAAGGGUUCCUUCCGGGGUCGGUGCUCUGACACAGCUUCAUGCUUGGUGGCAUGGUUUCGCUGGAUACGCCUCGUACUUGCAGAUAUUCUUUUGUAUACAUGCUUGGUACGAUUUCCACAAGAGGAAAGGAGAGAAGCGUUUGUUGAACACGACUCAUGUUGGUUUCAGCUUAAGAUGGUCUUAGUGCCACUUAGUCCGUCACACCCACUCUCUUAUAUCAGGUAGUCUAAGAAUUGCAACCAUAAACAGUUAUAAGAAAAAAUCCCAUCAUCGAGUAACAGGCUGUGAUACCUAUAGGUUCUGGUUUAUAGAUCAGCCUUGCCUACAGUCAACAAUAUUACUUUGUGAGUAAUAGUUGAUUACUGAUUAUAUUCAUUGGUUACUGUAAGAGAAACUUUAAAUCGUUGCAUUACUUGUAUUAUGAGAGUUUGUUUACAACCCAUAAAGUUGGAACCUUGGUACUUAAAAUUGUGUCAAUACUGUCUAUGUCAAUCAAGUUGUGAUGAGAUGAUGUGAUCUUAUUGUGUAGAAAUCACUUCAGAAUCAACAACGGUUUGCUUCAUUAAGCUUUGUAUUUAGUGGCCAUAUCACUCUAGUCCAAACUUUUCACCUCGUAGUUGCAUGUUCGUUUGGAACAAGUAACAAAAAUUUCAUUAGCAGGGAUUUUUAAUCUACUUUUACAUUGUGUCUUAAAACCUUUUUACUACUUGUAACUCUUUACUUUAAAUCCAAAAUGCUAUUGUUGGUUUUAACAAAUAUUUUAGCAUCAAAAUGAAACUAUUUGAUGAGACACCAUACUUCACUGUGUCCUUAUAUAGGCCACAUCAUGCCUUGAAAUUUAAUCCUUUAAUAAUUAAUAGUAGUUUACGCAACAAUCGGGUUAUGACUAUUUACCCUAGUUGCGUACACUACUUUACCUACAACAGUGUUUUAAUAACUCAAUCACUACGGUACUCAUAACUUCUAAGAGAGGUUAUGUUUUUGUUUAUAACUUCUCAUUGUAACUGACAGUGAUGCAAGAAAUCAUUGUACCAAACGCUAAUUGCACCACUUCUUUCAUUAACAAUUAAAUUGGUCUGAACAGCUGAUUAGUUGAAGUUCGACGCAUUACAAUUUUACUUAUUUUCUCACAAUCUUUGAACCUCACUGGUCCAUUACCUGUGUUGUUAAGUAAAAAAACAAUGUUCCAAGUAAGUUAACAAUGCUGUUAUGUGAAUCUUUUCAAUUCUAAGAACUGAACUGAAACGGCUAGUUUAAAAAACGGUCGUAGGUAAAUAAUAUUUCCAUACAGUAUUAGUAUUUAAAAAAACCUGAGUUUUCAAAUACAAAAUUGUUGAUUGGCCUUGUAUUUAUUAUGGAUG